AUGUCAUACCCUCAGCUGACCCCGGCGCGCCCCGUGCCAGGCGCUUUCUUCAACACACCCGCAGCUUCAAGAUUUGCCGGCGGCGACGCCGAGCCCACGAGGCGGCGCUUGUUCCUGGACGGCGACGGAACCCAGGCCAGCACAACAACUGCAAGCAGCGGCGCUCUGGUUGGAGGAUCAAACUUUGCGCCGGCAACGUUAUCUUCGGUCGGCACCAGUGGAUUGGUUUCACAGACGCAGGCUUCCCAGCAGAGCCUCCCUCCCGUCACGAGAGCUGCACAGUCGGUGAACGAUUUCCUUCAGGCCGACGAGAACUACCCCGAGCUGGAUUCGUACUGUAGGCCAGGCGCAUCCUCCGAAUAUGACUACAGCACCCUCGAUGCGGCUUGGGCGCCAUUCCACAAGACCCAGAUGUACCCGAUCCCGAACCAGGUCUUCAGCCAUUACAACACCGGCCAGCUCCAAACUUUAAUGGGACUGUUCGCAGAGAUCAACCACGCCUGGGUUGUUAUCGACAACUCGCUGUUCCUCUGGGACUACACCCACCCCGACCCCGAGCUCAUUGGCUUCGAGGACCAGCCGCACACGAUCCACGCUGUUGCUCUCGUUGCUCCCAAGCCUGGCAUCUUCGUCGGGUCCAUCACUCACAUCCUCGUCGUCGCGACUUCCUCCGAGAUGAUUCUCCUCGGUCUCUCCGCCGAGUCCACCCCGUCAGGAACGAAGACCGUCUCGCUUUACAGCACCAAGCUCAACCUUCCUCUUCGAGGCACCGAUGUCCGAGUUAUCGCAGGCACUGCAGACGGCCGCAUUUUCUUCGGUGGAAGCAACGAUACCGAUAUUCACGAACUGUACUAUCAGCAGGAGGAGAAAUGGUUUUCGAACCGAUGCGGCAAGAUCAACCACACCAACCCCGGAUGGUCUUCGGUGGUGACUCUGCAGGGAGGAUUCUGGCAGCACAAGAGCCCGGAAGGUCUGCAAAGCAUCGUCAUCGACGACUCGCGAAAACUGGUCUACACAUUAUCAACCAGAUCUACUAUUCGAACAUACUACAUGGACGGACCUAACAAGCUGACCAAGGUCAUCGAAAAGGAGAGAAACGCGUGUCUUCGUGACAUCACCCACAUGAUUACACAGUCUCCCCUGCUCAACGACCGCACCACGUUCGUCUCGAUCAGCGCCAUCCCUUCUCGCGAAGCCUCCAAACUGCAUCUUAUGGCGCUCACCAACACAGGAUGCCGACUGUUCCUCAGCGCGACGAGUUCUGCUUCCUACAUGAUUGGCGGUGUGACAUCCAACACACCCCCACAAAGCAUGCAAGUUCAGUUUAUCAAGUUUCCUCCUUCGGAAAACCCUGCACGAGCCAGCGCGACCAACCCCGGCGAGUCAAUUAUCGACUUCUCAUCAAAGGCGCUGGCCCUCAGCAGGCUCGGAGCUCGAUUUGCUCCUGGAUACUUCUUGGAUUUUGUCGUCAAGGAAAACGACCCUAAUAAUGACCAGCUCUUCGUCUCCGCUCCCGAGACCGGUCGUAUCAAGACCAACGCUUCAUCUCAACAACUCAAAUACUACGAGCAUGGUAACUGGAUUGAUAUUGGAAGCAGAGCCGAAGAUGUCGGCUUGGUUACGAAGCCCUUCGCCGCCGCAAAGCAGCCAGUUGGCUUCGGAAACGAGCUCGCUGUUCAGUUCGACGAGCCCGCCACCGAGUUCGCCAUUCUCACGAAUACUGGUGUUCACAUUAUCCGUCGCCGCCGCCUGGUCGACACAUUUGCCGCUGCGAUUCGUGGAGCUGUUGGUGACGAAGGCUUGGAGCUGGAAACGCGAAAGUUCAUCCAGCGAUACGGCCGUAUUGAGACGAUUUCCUGCGCUCUGGCGGUAGCAUGCGGACACGGUGGCGAUGCUCGUCCUGGUGCGGCGCGCGCCAUCGAUCAGGCCACAGAAGACCGCGCGCGCACCGUCUUCGUCGAUUACGGUGGGCAGCCGUCCAUCACCGAGACGGACGGCACACCGCUUAAUGCCACCUCGGUUCGCCUCUCUCCACGACACGACGCCUUGUGUGUAUACAUCACCCGCUUAAUCCGAACUCUGUGGAAGAACAAUGUGGUUGCCUCCGGAGUGAGCCCAGCUGGCGGCGUCGUCAUCCAAUCAAACGUACCCCUUGGCAAGCUUCUGUCCAUUCAAGAACAGCUAGAGCGCCUUCGCCGCUUCCUUGAUGCCAACAAGAGCUUCAUCCAAGGCCUAUCAGGUCCCUCUGAUCUCCAAAGAGUAGCCAGCAAGCAGGAGGAGGUCGCCCUCCAGGCCGAGCACCAAGCUCUGCAUGCUCUCCAGAAGCUGAUGGAGAGCAUAUCGGAAGGCAUCUCAUUCGUGUUGAUGUUGUUUGACGAGCGUGUCAGUGACAUUUUCACGAGACUGGAUGCUCAGGCGCAACAAGAGUUGAAUGCCCUCACAUACGAGAAGCUGUUCUCUCAGGCUCCCGGAAAGGACCUGGCUAAGCUCCUGGUCAAAUCGAUCGUGAAUCGCAACAUCGAAAGUGGAUCUAAUGUUGAAACAGUUGCGGACGCUCUCCGUAGAAGAUGCGGCAGUUUCUGCAGCCCUGACGAUGUCGUGAUCUUCAAGGCUCAAGAGCAGUUGAAGAGGGCGUCUGAGCAGCCUCUUAACAGCAACCAAUCUCGCACCCUUCUGCACGAGAGUCUGCGACUGUUUGAGCGCGUCGCCAGCGCUCUUUCGUAUGCAAACCUCCACACUGCGGUGUCUCAAUACAUCGAGCUCAAGUACUACGCUGGCGCCAUCCAGCUCUGCUUGAUCGUCGCCCGCGAGAAGGACAGAGGCAACACCGCCCUUACCUGGGUUCACGAUGGCAAGCCCGCUAAUGAUCCUCGGGCGAAUGCUUUCUUGGAACGCAGAAAGUGCUACGAACUCAUCCAUGAGGCUCUGCAGCACCUGGACGCAGCGUCGAGCAGGGAACCAGAGACGAUCGACGGCAGGUUAACGUUGAUUGGCACCAAGCGCCUGGAGGCAUACAGUGUGGUGAACGACUCGGAUGAUGAAGUCUUCCACUUCGACCUUUAUGAGUGGUAUAUCGAACAGGGAUGGACUGACAGAAUCCUGGCCAUCGAAUCACCGCACGUUAUCACGUACCUGCAGAGUCUCGCCCGAUCUAACGUGGCCCAUGCCGAGCUUCUCUGCAAGUUCUACACCCAACGCGAGAGGUACUUCGAGGCCGCUCAAGUUCAGGCCGACCUCGCCAACUCGGACUUCAACCUUGGCAUCAAGGAGCGAAUCGUCCUUCUCAGCAAAGCCAAGGGUAAUGCCAACGUUGCAACUGCUGGUGUUGGCAGGCAACAACAGCAGGUCUUGGCCCAUGAGGUUAGCGAGCUUCUUGAUAUCGCCAACAUUCAGGACGAUUUGUUGGAGAGGCUCAAGGCCGACAGCCGCAUUGCACCAGAGCGCAAGGCGGAGAUCCAAGACGCGCUUGAUGGUCCGAUAAUGUCACUGUCAGACCUCUUCAACCAAUACGCCGAUCAAGCAAACUACUACGACCUUUGCCUCCUCAUUUACCACAGCGCCGACUACCGCAACCCAAGUACCAUCUCACAAACUUGGGUCAGUCUGAUCGAGCAGAUCCACGAAGAAGCCGUUGAACGGAUGGAGGAGGUUGGCCCAGGAAUCCCGGUCCUGCCUUCACCAUACGAGUCUGUCUCCGUCAAGGUCCAGAACAUCGCCCACCGCACAUCUCUUGACAGCUUCAUCUUCCCCGUGCCGAUCCUCCUCCCCGAGAUCUGCCGUUACGCUGUCGAGUACCACCAGGACGCCGAGAUCGGUGCCGACCCGACUUGGCCCGUCCAGCUCUUCAUCAGCCUCGGCGUCUCCCACGACAUGGUGACCCGCGUCCUGGAGAGCGUCUUCGACACCCAAGAUUACGGCUUCAGCGGCAACAACCGCAAUCGCAUCAUCGAGCUCAUCGUAUUUGCGGUCGACGUCUGGCAGCGCGAGAUGAAGCGCCGCGGCGGUGCUUCCGUGAAGGGUGACGGCGCUAUCGGCGCCUGGGUCAAGGAUCUGCUCAGCAGGUGCGAGUCAUCCCUCCCGCCUGCGGGCCACGGCUCGAACCCCGGCGGCGCGGACUUGGCCGAGGUGCGCAGGCGCCUGCGUACGGUGAGGAGAGAGAUUGAGAAUCUUGUCGAGAGGGGUCCUUCUGGAAGCCUGCGCUUCAUGUAA